ACUUUCUUAUUAGCCGGAAGAGGAGCUAACUUCCUGUUACAAGAAGAGAAUGACUACUUCGAAAGAUUACGAUUUUCUAUUUAAAUUACUAAUUAUUGGGGACUCUGGAGUGGGACAAGAAAGAUUUAGGACGAUAACGACAACGUAUUAUCGAGGGACUCAUGGCGUUAUAGUUGUUUACGAUGUUAAUUCUACACAAUCUUUCUCCAAUGUUAAAAAAUGGCUUGAAGAAAUUAGGAAAAACUGCGAAGCUGUUCCGGUUCUUUUAGUUGGUAACAAGGAUGAUGAACCAGGAUCUAAAAGUGUUCCAACAAGAGACGGUAGAGAUUUCGCGUCCGUUAUGGAAGUUGAUUUUAUAGAAACUUCGGCAAAGGAGAAUAAAAAUAUUGAUGAAUGUUUCCUAUCCAUUGCGAGAUUAGUACUAGAAAAUAAGCUUAAUCAAGCGAACGACGAACAAAAUAAAGAAAAAAUAAAUUUAAGUAAUAACGGUGAAAACCGUAAAAAGAAGAGAGAUUGCUGUUAA